AUGCCCCCCGCUCUGCCCCUCAGGCUUCUUUUCAGGCCAAACACAGCUUCUUCGAUCAACAGCAGGACAGCCUCCUUUGACUGCCAUCGAUUCGGCUUCUUGAAAUCUACCGUACCGUUCCGACCUCUCCUUAGCAGUCGUUUCUACUACGGCCACAUCAGCGAUCCCAAGAUGGCGCCUCAAUUGGAGCCCUUUUUCAAACAGGUCGAUGACCUUUCCGAGUCAUUCAUUGACCGUCUUCGGAAAGCGGUUGCUAUUCCUUCCAUUUCCGCUGCCGAUGAGCACCGUCCAGAUGUGGUCAAGAUGGGCCAAUUCCUGGCAACGGAACUGGAAAGGCUCGGCGCUGAAGUCCAACAACGCCCUCUCGGCAAGCAGCCAGGAAAAGAGCAUCUUGAAUUGCCCCCCGUAGUCAUUGCUCGUUAUGGAAACGACCCCAACAAACGGACCAUCUUGGUAUACGGACACUAUGACGUUCAGCCAGCGUUGAAAGAGGACGGUUGGGCGACAGAGCCUUUCGAAUUGACCAUUGAUGAGAAAGGUAGAAUGUAUGGACGAGGAAGCACAGACGACAAAGGCCCUGUUCUCGGGUGGAUCAAUGUGAUCGAAGCCCACAAGAAGGCCGGAGUUGAAUUCCCAGUCAACUUGCUCUGCUGUUUCGAGGGUAUGGAGGAGUAUGGCUCUGAGGGAUUGGAUGAUUUCAUCCAAGCUGAAGCCAAGGCCUUUUUCAAAGACACUGAUGCAGUGUGCAUAUCCGACAACUACUGGUUGGGAACUGAGAAGCCUUGUCUUACUUACGGUCUAAGAGGCUGCAACUACUACUCCAUCACUGUUUCCGGUCCUGGCCAAGACCUGCACAGUGGAGUGUUUGGUGGUUCUGCCCAUGAGCCCAUGACUGAUUUGGUCACAGUCAUGUCCAAACUUGUAGAUUCACAGGGCAACAUUCAGAUUCCUGGAUUGAUGGAUCUCGUCGCACCCGUCACUGAAGAGGAAGAAAAACUAUAUCCUGGAAUCAGCUACUCCAUGAAUGAUCUGCACGAGUCUCUGGGCAGCACAACGAGUAUACACGCGACCAAGGAGAGGACGCUCAUGGCACGGUGGCGUUACCCAUCUCUCUCCCUCCACGGUGUCGAGGGCGCCUUUUCUGCCCCUGGCGCUAAGACGGUGAUCCCAGCCAAGGUCAUUGGAAAAUUCUCCAUUCGAACUGUUCCCAACAUGGAGAGCGAGGAUGUGACGAGGCUAGUGACAGAAUAUAUCAACAGCGAGUUUGCUAAGCUCAAGAGCAAGAACACAUUGGAAGUGUCCCUGGUGCACGAUGGUAAAUGGUGGGUGGCUAGCCCUAAGCACUGGAACUUUACUGCAGCAAGCAAGGCAGUCCAGCAAGUCUUUGGUGUAGAGCCAGAUAUGACCCGUGAGGGUGGCAGCAUCCCAGUCACAUUGACUUUUGAACAAGCCACUGGCAAGAACGUUCUUCUCCUGCCAAUGGGAAGCUCGACGGACGCCGCUCAUUCCAUUAAUGAAAAGCUUGACAGGAGUAAUUAUAUUCAAGGCAUCAAGUUAUUGGGUGCUUAUUUGCACUAUGUUGCGGAAGAGCCGCUUAGUGCUUGA